GUGCUGCAAAGCGGCGACUUAACAGCUGUUGCUGAACAGGCACCCCAAAACGCACUAACGCUUGAAGCAACAGCGUAUAGAAAACAUGCCCGAUCUAGUUUAAGCCACUCCACAAAGCGGCGGUGCGCGGCGCUCAACGGAAAGCGGGAAGAAACUGGAAUUGUAGGCGAACCGAGAGCCACGAAUCAUACUUGCAAAGUGUCUGGAUUUUUCGCCAGCGAAUCGGAGUUAAAUGAUUGAGUAGUGGAUAAAAUCGGACAGCGGACGCACACGAUCCGAUCCGCAGAGCCACUUUUCAGUGGAGUGACAGCUAGUGCUACCUCAGAAUCCCAGCUACCACCAGAGCCCCAGUCAGUAGAUAUUUUAAGCCAACAUGCUGCCUCGGUUCCGUUCCUUCUACGGCAAGCUGAUCAUCUUCAUCCUAGUCGCCCUCUGCUUCAUCUUGUACAGCAAGGUGCAGCAGAAUGGUUCACCAGAGGAGCCACCUGUGGCGCCACUCGUCCGGGUGCCCGCUCUGCGAGGUCAUGGACGCGAGCGCUACGAGACGUAUAGCGACAGUGAGAACGAAAUAGCCCGACCUGCCACCCAGUCGCCCUACGAACAAAUCAUCCAACUGGAUCUUCAGAAACAAAAGGCGGGACUCGGCGAACAGGGCGUGGCAGUUCACCUUUCUGGUGCCGCCAAAGAGCGAGGCGAUGAGAUCUACAAGAAGAUCGCCCUCAACGAGGAGCUAAGCGAGCAGUUGUCCUACAACCGAAGUGUCGGUGACCACCGGAAUCCCCUGUGCGCCAAGCAGCGCUUCGACUUUGGGUCCCUGCCCACCGCCAGUGUGGUCAUCAUCUUCUUCAAUGAACCCUACUCCGUGCUGCUGAGGACCGUGCACAGCACGCUGAGCACCUGCAACGAAAAGGCCCUUAAGGAGAUCAUCCUGGUGGAUGAUGGUAGCGACAACGUGGAACUGGGAGCCAAGCUGGACUACUAUGUUCGCACGAGAAUUCCCGCGGGGAAGGUCACCAUUCUGCGUCUCAAGAACCGAUUGGGUUUGAUUCGUGCCCGAUUGGCCGGAGCGCGAAUCGCCACAGGGGAUGUGCUCAUCUUCCUGGACGCCCACUGCGAGGGUAACAUUGGCUGGUGCGAGCCACUCCUGCAGCGCAUCAAGGAGUCGCGGACUAGCGUGCUCGUGCCCAUUAUCGAUGUCAUCGACGCCAACGACUUCCAGUACAGCACCAAUGGCUACAAAUCCUUCCAGGUCGGCGGUUUCCAGUGGAACGGCCACUUUGACUGGAUCAAUCUGCCGGAGCGGGAGAAGCAGCGCCAGCGACGCGAGUGCAGGCAGCAGCGGGAGAUCUGUCCAGCAUACAGUCCCACUAUGGCUGGUGGACUGUUCGCCAUAGACCGUCGCUACUUCUGGGAGGUGGGCAGCUACGACGAACAAAUGGACGGUUGGGGUGGUGAGAACCUGGAGAUGUCCUUCCGCAUCUGGCAGUGCGGCGGCACCAUCGAGACUAUUCCCUGCUCCCGCGUGGGUCACGUAUUCCGCGACUUCCAUCCCUACAAAUUCCCCAACGAUCGUGAUACACACGGUAUUAAUACUGCCCGCAUGGCCCUGGUGUGGAUGGAUGAGUACAUAAACAUAUUCUUCCUCAACCGGCCGGACCUGAAGUUCCACGCGGACAUUGGCGAUGUCACCCACCGAGUAAUGCUGCGCAAGAAGCUCCGCUGCAAGAGCUUCGAGUGGUACCUGAAGAACAUCUAUCCGGAAAAGUUUGUGCCCACCAAGGACGUACAGGGCUGGGGCAAGGUGCACGCCCUGAAUUCCAACAUAUGCCUGGAUGACUUGCUGCAGAACAAUGAAAAGCCCUAUAACGCCGGCCUGUAUCCAUGCGGCAAGGUGUUGCAGAAGUCGCAGCUAUUCUCCUUCACCAACACAAAUGUUCUGCGCAACGAGCUGAGCUGUGCAACCGUGCAACACAGCGAGUCGCCACCGUACCGGGUGGUGAUGGUGCCCUGCAUGGAGAAUGAUGAGUUCAACGAGCAUUGGCGAUACGAGCACCAGCACAUCAUUCACAGCAACACGGGCAUGUGCCUGGAUCACCAGGGACUUAAGAGCCUGGACGACGCCCAGGUGGCGCCUUGCAAUCCCCACAGCGAAUCCCAGCGAUGGACCAUUGAACACUGAGGAGAUGAGGUGUAGCGGGGGAAUGGGAUGGGGACCAAAGCAACUGAGAGAUACUGACUAACGCCGACUGAACGGAACUCGAAUUCAAAUUAGAAGAACCCUUUUGUAAAUACAUAAAUCGAAUCCUAGAAUUAUAUAUUUUCUGUACACAAAUCGUGUAUAAUAAGAAGAGAGGAGACCGGGUAGCUAGUGCAAAUCAAAUCCAAUGGAAUCAAAUCAAAAGAGGAAACCAGCAAAUCAAACGCAAACGAGUCAUUUGGAAAGCUAAUAACAAUUAACUGUGUGUUGUGUACUUUGUAUGUAUAAAUAUAAAUAGAGCAAGCUGUAAGAAUAGAGAGUCCAACCAUCCUAUGUAAAUGAUAUAGUCGCCAUGUGAUCGUGUAAGGAUGUAAGACAAGGUGUGGAACGAUUGCAUUCCAUGGCCAGGGAUUCAACAAGGAGCUCCCCUACGUGAGAGCACCCAGCAAUAACCAACUAUGUAAACUGUAAACUAAAAGUGUUGUAAGCAUUUAUCUACUAACAUAACCAUUUUGCCAUUUGUUUUCAUGAAUAAAAACGUCCGACUGGAGGAUGAACAUCUUCAAACGAA